UAAAGAAAAAAUGCAAGAUUGCAUUGCUCCUAAUCUUUUAGAACAGUUAAAUGUAGAUGAUAUUGAAUUAUCUGAAAUUAGGUCUAAAAAAAUACAAAAAAUUAAAAAAUUAGUACAAAUUACUGAAAAUGAAAGUGAAGAUGAUUUUUAA